CAAUGACCAAGUACAGAUCUGCGCUUAGAAGUUAGAGCUGGCUGAUUGCCUAUCUUUCUUUUGCAAUGACUUUGAAUCAGUGGAGCGGGGAUUCGUGGUGACUUUUACUGAUGCUUUUGCUCGCUACACCCACAAUAUAAUAUGCUAACCCGAUGCUGAAAAUGGAAAACAAGCAAACUGUGAGUGCUGGUGGUACACAAGAUAAUUCUACGAUGAAGCUUAUUGACCAAAGAGCACAUAUUAAAGGCCGAAGUGACAUCCUGACUCGACGCCUAAAGAAUCGAGAGCGUCAACGCAGAUACAGAGCCCGUAAGCGUCUUGAAGCUGAAACCAAGAAGUCUUCUGUGGUAAGAGACAUUACACCCACGACACCACAAGAAGAACCACGACCAAAAGGCAAUCAAAAUUUUAUGAGCCGCGUAUAUUGCAAUAGAGAUUGGAAAAAAGAUGCAAGACGGGCUCAUGCUCAUAGGCGUGAAGAGGUGACACCUAAUGGAUCUAUAGAUCAUAUUUCAAAACUAACCAGUGAACCUGAAGCAGCAUACCUAGCCUCUGGGAAGGCAGAGCUGACGCAGGAAAUUGGAAUCCAGUCUGGAUCUCCUGGUGUUGUUAACAAUGAAACUCCUAGAACUGUACUGAGUCGAAGAGAUUGGAAAGCGGAAGCUAGAAAAAAGAAAAACUAGUAUUUUCCCCCUUUUUAAAAAAGAUUCACGCUUCCCAGUGGUCUCUUAUUGUACGAUAGACAUUAUAUAAUGUAAAAUAAUGCCUGCAUUAAGAAAUAUAAUAUCACAUUACCACUGAUUA